GGGGUUUUUGGACAUGUUAAACAACAGAAACACGACAAAGAUUUGGCCAUGCUACAGUUUCCCAUGUUUGUGUGGAAGUGCUCGGCAUGUCAGAAAUCUGUGCACGCUGUACCCCGCACGAUCGCUACAAGGUACAUGUAUCAGCUCGUUUUUACCAUGUCUGAUUUGUUUUUCUUUAAAGUGGCCUGCACUAGAAGGAGAAAGCCUCAAUGUGCCUCAGACCUCACUAUAAGAUAUGUUCGCCUUUCGUUAGACAGGCAGAGAAAAGGUUGCAUAACACACACCAAGAUAGAAUCCAUUAUUCUAUUUUGCAUUUCACUAUUCAGUGCAUAGAUGGCAACCACAGCGUUUAAGAAAGAUCGCCCGUCCACGGCGGAGAAGGUGUGCUACGGCAUCGGCGCCCUGUCGUACAUGACCACUCGACACGUGUUGAACUUCUACCUGAACUACUUCUUAGUAACGGUGGCCCAGGUUCCUCCCCUUGGCAUCCUCUUGGUCGGAGUUCUCGGUCGAGCAUCAGAAAUCUUGUCCUUUCCUGUACUGACAUCUCUCAUCACAAGAACCAACACAAGAUGGGGGCAACUCAAACCAUGGAUUCUUGGCUGUACCCUGGCCACGGUUCUCUUGUACAUGCUGUUGUGGUAUGUCCCAGACGUGACGCCAGGUCUCAAGAUCGCGUACUUCGUGGCACUUUUUAUCAUGGAGAGUGUUCUUGAAUCGGGCCUCACUCUGGCUCACAAAACCCUUGUGAUGCACAUCAGCGACGACUGCAGUGACAGGGAAUCAGCCAUUGCAUUCAGAUCUGCAGCUGGGCUUAUCGGUUUGGUCCUUGGUGUCGCCAUUGAAGGCCAGGUCGUCGCGGCCUUCGGCGGGUCCCUGUCCGGUACCUGUAAUCAUGGCAACGACACUAUCAACGGUACGGGCAGUAACUACACAAUCACUCCUCAGACAGGUAAACAGGAGGCCGGUUACCUGGUGGCGGCGGGAAUCAUCUGUCUCUUGGCUCUGAUCUUCAUCACUGUGACAUUGACAAUGGUCAAGGAACGGACAGGUAGUCUCGAGAGUUUAUGGUUGACAAAUGCAUUUACUUCUUCUGUACCAUCAGGAAGACCAGCUGCGUUGCGUCGAAAUGCCACCUGAUCACUGUCCUAAAAGUAUUUAUGAUAUCUUCCAGCAUCCUCCAACCUUAGCCUGACUAAAAUCGCACCCCUAGCGGCCGGUCCUACGAUUGCCUAGGGAGGGGGUAAUUAACUCCAGCCAGCGAGAGCUUUGAAUGUGUAAACACAGGCUACUUCCAACCUUAGCCUGAGCUCAAACAAAUAGUGCUUUCAGUGGAGAACUAUUAAUCAA